GGGUGACAGUGAUCCAAUAGCAACAUUGAUCAGUGGUUUUCCUAGAAAUAAUAGUCUAAUAAUAGGUGUCUAAUAGACACCUUCAACUAUCUAUACUCACAACACACUGGCACAUCAGUGAGGGAGAAAUAGGGUGACAGAGGCAGAGAGGGAAAGGGCGGCAACCAGGAAUAUCAGGACUUAAGGCUGCAUGAGUUACAGCUCAGCACAGCUCAGCGAAUGAGUUACCAUUAUGCAAGAGCUCAGUCAGCCCAGCUGGAGAUCAGAGAGAGAGAGAGAGGGGGAGAGAGAGAGCAGCGGACCGAGUGAGCAGUGAGAGCACGAGUGAGCAAGCUGAGGGACGGAGAGGAGGAGGAGGCUGGAGAGAAAACAACAGCAAGUGAGCGGAGAGGAAGCAGAUUACAGCUGGAUCUCCCAUUUACACACAUACAUACACACUCCCUUACUUCAUCUGUACUUCAUCUGUUUCAACUCCAUGCAGCACGGCAGCAUCAUGAGCGGCAGCACAGAGGGGGUUUCCCUCUCUCCGCCAAGGGAGUGAGAAAAAGAAGAAGAGGAAGACAGGUGAGAAAAAGAAGAAGACUAAGGAAGAAGAAAGAGAAAAAUCAGAGGAAGUUUGGAAAAGAGAAGGGACGAGAAGAAGGAGGAAAGGGAAGCAGCAAACUUUCUCCUGAAGGAUCAUUCCUCCUGAUUUUGAGCCAAAACACCCAACCAUGAGGCUGUGAAUUCCUCUCCUCUUCCUCUUCACACAACACCUCUUCUUCAUUACCAGACCCCAUGUCUCCAAAAGUGGGUCCCACUGCUCAAAGUGCCAGCAGGCACCUCUGGAUGCUGCUAUGCCUCCUGCUCUGUGCCCUGGUCCUGGCUAAAGGCUCCACAGUGAGCACCGAGGACUCGCAGAGCACCAUUACCACAUCGUUGCCGGAGGACUGGACCGGCACGACGAUCCAGCUCCAGCCAGAUCUGCAGACCGAAGCUGAGACUCCAGCUGAAGCGCAGACAGACACGCAGACAGAAGCACAAACAGAAGUAACGACAGAGGCUCUGACAGAGACUCAGACUAAGGUCAUCACCAGCAACUAUACAGGUCUGUCCUGCAUCCCUGUCCUGCCGCCACGACGGGGCUCCUUCUACGUUGAAAGUGGCACAGGCGUGUCAGUUGGCAGCGUGUUGGCCUUCUGGUGCAGAGAGGGAUACCAGCUGGUCGGCAGUGACAAAAUCUACUGCAAUGUCAGGAAUGGGAAACCGCAGUGGAGCAACUACCUACCUGUCUGUGAAGCGAUCCCCAGGCCGGAGGACCGCGGCCUGAGAGUGGCUGUGUUGGCUUCAGUGGUGAGUGGCAUCGUCAUCCUCGCGAUGUCCCUGUCCUUCCUCAUCUGCUGUCUGCAAGAACGAUCCAGCAGGGACCGAGCCAAGAAGGAGGGCCGGAGCAGACGCAGAGAGAAGCACUCGGCCCGUCGCAGUGAGUGUUGGCUGGAGAGAGAGGAGGGUGAGUGGGAAGCCUUCCCUCCUCCCAAGAUCUUCCACCUCUCACAGAGGAUGAACCCCCGUCUGGCUCCUGACAGCCCCCUCUACCUUACUGGAGGCCUUAGUGGAUAUGAGAACAGAGGAUACCAGAGGAGUCAGGAGAGUUUGCUGAAGGCCUCCCUGCCCGGACUCUACCGCUCGGAGUCCCAGCUAUACCCGCACGUCGUCCUGCAGAGGGUCCCGACUCCGACAGCGCCCUCUGCCCCUUCUGCUCCGUCCGCUCCACUCUACCUCCACCUCCCCUCCUCCUCCUCUGCUGCCUCCUCACCCGCCCACACCACCACCAACAGCCAGCCUCACAUCAUGGCGCAGUACCCGACCCCGACGUACCCACCAAACCCCAACACUGCUGUGCCCGUCUACCCCCACCCGACACCGGCGCCCAUCUACCCCAACCCCAACCCGAUACCACAGCGGCCAUGGCAGUAGCUACGUCCUUCACUUUCCAUAUUUAGAAGGCACUGUGCCAUUCCAGUGGCUGACACUGAAGGAACAUGCGAGAGAAAGUGUGGCAGGCAGUUACAGAGACGCAUGAAGUCAUAAUCCCUGUUUUCUUCCCACAGAAGGCUGAAAAUACAAUGCUUCAGAAUGAAGAAAAAGUGUAGAAAUGGACAUUCAGCCAGUGUAGAAGCUCCCCCUUUUACUGCAUGCUUGCUGAGCUUUUCCUGCAGUUUGGACCCAACCACAAGGAACUGAACACUUAAGAUUUUCUUUCCUUAAUUCUUACUGAACUGCAACUGCUGCACAUUCUGCAAGAGAAAGUCCUGCUUUCUUUUAGCUGCCAGAAAUUACAAGAAAGCUUCAUGUAGCCUGUUGACAAAGGGACAUGGGGAGUGUACUAAUUCAGUUCAACCUUUGACCCUCAAGACCUGCAAAGAAGGACUUCAACAAUGGCUGCUACUGUUUUGGCAGCUCUCAGAAAUGUUGAUUUUUUUAAAAAUAGUUUAUAUUUAUUAUGUGAUUGGAUCCCUAUCACCCUUCCUGAUGUCCUGUUAAUCUAAUCUAAACCUAAAUAAAAAUACAGAUGAAGAUAUAUUUUGCUCUGAAAAUGAAGACCUACCUUCUGAAAUCUCACUCCAGAGCCAUGUGUGAUGUAAUAAAAAGGUUUCGGGUCACUUUCAGCUCUGCUAAUAUGUCCUAGAUUGACAAGAGGGCUUUAUGGGUAGUGAGUACACUGUGAUUAAAAUGCUGCUGUUGCUGCAGCCACUGAAUGGAACCAAUUUUGUGCUGUUUGUAUGGAUUUAAUAAUACAGUGAUUGCUUUAAAUUGAUCCCUUCUUUCUCACCAAAACUGUUAACUAAAUGUAACAUUUUUUUCUGUCUGUCUGUUUAAUCUUCUCUGUCUACUGCCACAACUCAUUCUGUCACAUCAUUAUUUAUUACAAAAAGUUGUUUUACAGUCAGCAGUUAGACUGGUGUAAUAUUCUGGCAUAGUAAUUCAGAGCCUCAAAUGGGUUUAGGAACAUAAGGAAUAUAAACGACUCAAAUGCUGACGUGAAGUCAGCCCUGGAUGGAAUAAUAAUUGAAAACAAUUAUCACAUACAGAGUUAAUUAGAGUCUGGUUUUUGGGAUAGGUUCAGACAAUGUCAGAUGAGUUCUUAAUCACAGAAAAUCAUGGAAAAGAUCUACUUGUGUGACAUAACUAAAGUUCUGAAUGUGACAAUGAAAGAAAUAUUUGGAAAUGUAGACUCAUCAGGCGUUGUUAGAGGACUGCUGUGUCUUUGAUGCACUGGAAAUGCACUGAUAUGGAAAGUUUGAGCUGGGAGACUGAGAGACUGAGGAACCAUGUCCACCUGUAAACUCACCUGGAAUCUCUAAACUUCAGCUUCAGCUUUUCAGAUGUGGAUAUUCUGCUUAACUGAACCCUAAACCUUUGUUAUCCUAUGUACAAGCAUUUAAAACUCUGUGCAAGGCCCCUUUACUGUUUCUUUAGUCAGUUUACGCUCUAGUUUUGGGGCUUUUUAUUUUUAAUAGAAGGAUGUGAGUAGGAACACUAAUAAACCUGCACUUUACAUUUUUUUGAAGGGGGGGAGGGGAAUUUAAACAGAUCGGACUGGAUAGUCUUAGAUAUGUCUUUUAUUGUAAACUAUUUGUUGUAUAAUAAGACUGCCAUUAAAGCUGAAUAAAGAGAUUUUUGUUUAGUUCAA